GAAGGAGCCGCGUUCCAAUAGAAGAUACCUCCCAACUUCAUGUUCAGCCGUUUAGCUCUAGUGAAAAUAAGCAUCCUUACCAUGCUUUCCAGCUGAUGCCCUCUGAGGGACCGUACCAGUCUGUCGCACACACUGCCUCGCUGCCAUGGGGGACUGGAAAAGAGCUCACUUAAACAACCAGCAAGCAGCUCUCUCGUGUGCCAGCUCACACACAUGUGUGUGCACGUCUUCACACUGCUGAGCAUGUAUAUUAGGCCAUCCAAGUUUAUAUACUUUAGGUGGAGUCUGGCUAAGAGCUGUCAGGAGAGGUUUUUAGCUGGAUUGAGGCUACCAAGCGAUAGCGAUCUUGAACCGCCACCGUUUGAGAGGAGUGGCACCAAAAAAGCCUGUUGUUAUGCCAGAGUGCUUUACAGGACAGAUAGCACUCCCUCCUUCCUCAGCUGCCUAGAAAUCAAGCCAUCGAUAUUGAGCUUCACUCUGAAUACGGGAGGAGAAAUGCCAGCUUCUCUAAGGAAACUGCAGCAAAUGGCCCUUUUCAUGGGACUGUUCAGCGGCGGGGGAUGCAUCGUGAUGUAUGAUCUGAUGCAAAAGAGUUUUGCCAGGACACAGUACUAUCAGCAGGCUUUGGAGCAACUGAACAGCAACCCCAACGCCCUGGAGGCCCUGGGUGCCCCCCCUCUUAAGGUCCACAACAUCCGCCUGACGGAUGGGAGCAACCGUGUGGACACGGAAAGAGCACAGAUAAAGUUACCGGUAUCGGGAACGAAAUCAGCGGGGUACCUCUAUAUUAACUCAGAGAUGGACCAUUCCCAUCAACGCUGGUGCCUUCAGGAUGUUACCUUGAAGCUGCGGGAUGGCCAGAAUAUUCCAGUUUACCCCUCCCCGGUGGAAAGCGUCGGUGCACAAGAAGGUUAGAAAUCAAAGGCAGCUGCUCCUCCCCCUCCCACUGAGCCCAAGGAGCCAUUAAUCGAUCGCGUCCCGCUGCGUUUCUGAAGGUACACAGUUGUCACAAGUGACAAUUUCACUUAAGUGGGUGCUCUCAGGACAAUUUUGUCGCCCAAGAUUGACCUCUGCAUUGUCGUAAUUCCUUCUUUCCUUUGCUGGUUUAUUCAUGUGUUCGGCAGAAGCCUAAAAUAAAUACCUUGCAAAAGA